GCUCUGUCGGCUCGCCAUCGCGUUCAGUUGAGUGAGUGAGCCGGGAGCCUGCGCGCGAGGAACAUGUGCUGGUUCGAGUGUGCGUUUCUGUGCGUGUGCGUGUUGCUCUCAGUGUCCGCCUACGACGUGCACCAUGCGUACACCUUACACUCGGAAAAAGGAGCACUGUACGAGUGCUAUGACAAAUCCGGAAAACCACAGUGGUGCUUGCCAACGUUCGAGAACGCGGCGUUCGACAAGUUAGUGGAAGCGACCAACACGUGUGGUGAGGGUCCUAAGGGGCCGAUAGAGUUCUGUGUGCAAACCAAUCGGCAGGAGACGACCAAGUCCUGCCAAGUGUGUACGCAAGGCAUGCACCCGGCAGCACACUUGACAGACUUUGUCAACAACACCCAGACCUGGUGGCAGAGUGAGACCAUGCUGGAAGAUGUCCAGUAUCCCACCCAGGUCAACCUCACCCUACACCUCAAAAAGGCGUAUGACAUCACCUUGGUGCGCUUACUGUUCCGUUCACCAAGGCCUGAGAGUUUCGCCAUCUAUAAACGGACCACCGAGAAUAGUCCCUGGGUGCCUUUUCAGUUCUACAGCGCGUCCUGCCGUGACACAUACGGACUCCCAGACACCAAGGACCCUAGGACCCCGGCCCCGAGAGAGGGCGAAGAGACCCGAGCCCUCUGCACGUCUGAGUACUCGGACAUCUCGCCUCUGACCGGUGGACAAGUGCCCUUCUCCACCCUCGAGAACCGACCCUCUAAUUACAAGUUCGACUCUUCGCCCGAACUCCAGGAAUGGGUAACAGCUACAGACAUCCGAAUCACUUUGGACAGAUUGAACACUUUUGGUGAUGAGGUGUUCUGGGACCCACAAGUACUCAGGUCUUACUACUAUGCCAUCAUAGACUUCUUCGUCGGUGCCAGAUGUAAGUGUAACGGGCACGCCAGCGAGUGUGUGACCACCAGGUCUCUGGAGGGCGAGGAGCGGCAAGUGUGUAAGUGUGAACACAACACUGCUGGUGUCGACUGUGAACAGUGUCUCCCCUUCUACAACGACGCGCCUUGGGGUCGAGCGAACUCCACGCACUUCCAUGAAUGCAAAGCGUGCAACUGCAACGGAUUCUCCAACCGGUGUUUCUUCGACAAGGAACUGUUCGAGCUGUCGGGGCACGGCGGCCAUUGCCUGGACUGUGCUGGGAACCGUGACGGACCCAACUGCGAGCGCUGCCGAGACAACUACUUCCAGCGCGAGGACACAUCCUGCAUCGCCUGCAACUGCAAUGAGAUCGGUUCCAGGAGCCUCCAGUGCAACAGCGAGGGACGCUGCCAGUGCAAGCCUGGAGUGACGGGUGACAAAUGCGACCGCUGUGACAACAACUUCUACGACUUCGGGGCUUGGGGGUGCAAGCCCUGCGAGUGCUACGGACCCGGCAGUUAUAACAACGAGCCCAAGUGCGACCCGUCCUCAGGAGUCUGCCAGUGCAAGGAGCACGUCGAGGGUCAGCGGUGUACAGGAUGCAAACCUGGAUUCUUCAAUAUGGACGAGAACAACGAGUUUGGUUGCACUCCCUGCUUCUGCUAUGGACACUCAUCUGUUUGUCGGUCAGCCCCUGCCUAUUCUAAAGUCCUGGUGGAGAGCAUGUUUGCCCGCAACAACGAGCGUUGGACGGGUGUAGACCAACAACACAACGAAAUACCCUUGGAGUACAAUGGCAUUACUCAAUCUAUCGGAGUCAGCGCACCUGGCAGGGAGCCCAUCUACUUUGUCGCCCCAGACAGGUUCCUGAUGGAUCAGAGGGCCUCUUACAACCAAGACCUGGAGUUCAGGCUGAGGAUUGGUGAGAGCGGACCUGCUCCUACAGUACAAGAUGUGGUUCUUGAAGGUGCAGGAUUGACGAUCACACAGACCAUAUUCGGUCAGGGCAACCGUAUGCCCGCUGUUGUGGACCAAAGCUAUAAGUUCCGUCUCCACGAGGACCCGGACUAUGGCUGGCAGCCUCGUCUAUCAGCCAGAGACUUCAUGAGUGUUCUUGCCAACCUGACAGCCAUCAAGAUUCGUGGAACUUAUACACCUCAAGGUGUUGGUUUCCUGGAUGAUGUGAAACUGCACACAGCUCGUAGAGGGGCAGCUGGAGCUCCAGCGUCUUGGAUAGAGAUGUGCACCUGUCCUACAGGAUACGUGGGACAGUUUUGUGAAUCCUGUGCUCCAGGUUCUCGGCAUGACCCUCCCCAUGGUGGCCCUUUCGCACCAUGUGUACCCUGUAACUGCAACGGCCACGCAGACAUUUGUGAUGCAGAAACAGGACGCUGUAUCUGCCAGCACAACACAGCCGGAGACAACUGUGAGCGUUGUGCUCGUGGUUACUACGGCAACUCCCUGCUAGGAACUCAGGAAGACUGCAAAGAGUGCCCCUGUCCAAACCAGGGAGCCUGCAUACAACUUGAGGAUGAAAAUAAUACCAUAAUCUGUCUCGAGUGUCCUAAGGGUUACAGUGGACCUCAAUGCGACCUCUGCAGUGAUGGCUACUUUGGGGACCCGAAAGGGAGACACGGACCCCCUAGUGAGUGCAGGCCUUGUGAUUGUAACCUCAAUGUUGACUUGAACGCUGUUGGUAAUUGUGACCGCACGACAGGCGAAUGUCUGAAGUGCAUCUACAACACAGGAGGACCUCAGUGUGACCAAUGUCUGCCAGGCUACUACGGAGACGCUUUGGCACUGCAAAAAGGUGAUUGUAAGCCGUGUCAGUGCUACCUGCCUGGCACAGAGAUGACAGGAUCAGGUCCUCCUGUCUGUGACCAGCUGAGCGGUCAGUGCCAAUGUAAACCCCACGUCACCGGCACCAACUGUGACCAGUGCCAGGCUGGUUACUUUAACAUAAUAUCAGGACAGGGUUGCCAAUCCUGCAAUUGCGACCCAGUGGGCUCCUUGAACCAGUCGUGUGACACUGUGACAGGUCAGUGCAACUGUCGUUCCAACGUGACAGGUUUACAUUGUGACAUUUGUGAACCGUAUUACUACGGCUUCUCUACCGAUGGAUGCAAGGCUUGUGACUGUGACUCCAUCGGCUCUCUGCAACUGCAGUGCGACGCAUAUGGCCAAUGUCCUUGCUUGGACAACGUGGAGGGACGAAGAUGUGACCGAUGUAAGGAGAACAAGUACGACAGACAACUUGCCUGCGUCGACUGCCCUGCGUGUUAUAACCUGGUGCAGGACUCGGUUAACCGCCAUAGAGACAACCUCGGACACCUCAAUACUGUGCUGAAGCAGAUCAAGGACAAUCCGACUGUCAUAGAUGACCUUGACUUUGAGCAGAAACUUAGGCUGGUGCUAGCUUACGUUGAGGAUUUAUGGAGGGAUGCCAGAGAUGCAACUGGACUGAACAAGGAUAAAUCUCUGAUGGAAGAACUGGAAGCUGUAAAAAAGCGUUUGGACGAUGUUGAUUCUCUCAUUAAACAGUCAGACAACUGGAUUACUCAGGCGGAUGCAGAGACAAAGGAAGCUGCGAUAAAUGCAACUCAGGCGGAACAUACAAUAGAACAGGCCAGAGAUGUGUUACAGGAUGCUCUAGACUAUCUGCAGGCUGACGGAGCCGUGGCACUAAAGAAAGCUGUUGAGAGGUCCAAGGUGUUUGGCCAACAGAACCAACAGAUGUCGGAAAUCGCAAGGGAGGCCAGAAACUUGGCUGAGCAGCAAGAAGAGCAUGCUAAGGAAAUCCACAAGAUUGCUGAAAAUGCUGUCAAUCUCUCGACUCAGGCUUAUGACAUUGCAAAGGAUGCGAUCAAUCGUCAGAAGAACAUCAGUGAUGAGAUACGAUCUCUUAAUUCCGACAUGCAGAUGACAAAUGAGAAGUUAGACCUGACCAUAGAGGUGGUAUCGGAUACUGCUAACCAUGUGGAUACCGUGUAUAAUGAUACAUGGGCCAUCUACAGCGAUGUGUACGAACUCAUGUUGCCGGAGACCAAUGCUCAAGAUCUAAAAGAUAAGGCCAUUGCUACUGCUUCAGAGGCGAGACAAAUCAGAGAUGAAGCGAACAACUUGUACCAGAACCACAUUGCACUGUUGGAGGAGAUUUCUGAGUUGAUGAUUGAUGGGGAAGACGUGCUGAGGAGAGGCAUGACUCAGCAGCAGUUUGCUGAUGAACGGUUGGCAGACGCUGAUGCCGCCAACAACAAGGCAGAAGAAGCUGUACAGUUAGGGAACAAAACAUUGCAGGAGGCCCAGCAGACCUACAGGACCCUCCAAGAGUUUGACAGUCAAGUGCAGCAAAGUAAAGGGAAAGCUCAAGAAGCUCUAGCGAAAAUUCCUGAAAUUGAAGAAGCAAUCAGUGAAGCCAUACGAAAGACUACUAAUGCCCAAGAAGCUCUGGUUGGGGCUGGAGGCUACGCUCAGACAGCUAAGCAGCAAUUACAAUUUGCAGAAAAUACUGCUCAGGAGGCAGAGAGGAUUAAAGAAACAGCAGAACAGAGCAAAGCAGAGGCGAAUAAACUGCGGGAUGAGGCAGAAGCUCUUGCAGGCCGGGUGGCGGUCACAGCAGCAGAGGUGGCAGAACAAUCCGAAAAGGAGAAGAUGGAGCAGCAGCUUAUUGACAAUGCAAAGAAGAAGGUGGGACAGGCAAAGACAAGUGCGGCAGAAGUAACAAAGCAAGUGGAAACUGCUCUCGAAGCUGUCCAUAACAUAAUGAAAGAAUUAUCAGAUCUUUCGGAUAUUGAUGAAGACAAGUUAAACAGACUUGAGCAGAGGUUAGCAGAGGCGGAGAGUGAGUUCUAUGCUGCAAACUUGGACGAACAGUUAGAUACUUUGAACAAAGCUAAAAUAUCUCAGACUCAACUUGUAACAAGCUACAAAGCUGAAGUAAUGAGGCUGGAACAAGAAGUCGACAACAUUGAAGACAUCAGAAACGCCCUACCAGACGGUUGUUGGAAGAGAACUAGGCUUGAGCCCUAGAAGAAAAUUAACCAAAUAGUUGACUAAUUAAUGGAAUGGGUAUUUGUAUUGUUUGGAUCGGUUUUAAGAAACAGUGACUGAUUGGGAAUCAAGAAACAAAUAUCACGUUUACCAAGUGUAUUGCAUGGGACAUUUUAAUACUUUUAAUUUUAGUGUUUCAAUGUCAAGUUGAACGGUGCAGAAACUACUAAAUUUUAGUGAUAUUUCUGAGAGACAAUCACUGAAACCGCUGAUCAUUAGUCUUUAGUGUUAAAUAAGCCAACAUACCACCAGAAGUAAGACAUACCAUAAGUAACACUGCCAUUUUAGUGUUCUACAUAGUGUGUGUUUAUAUGUGCUGUAUAGAUUUUAAUGAACUAUCUUGAACCGGAGUUCGGUUCGAGGUAACUAUUAGAUUUUAGUUUUAUUUAGAUACGUCUUGAAGUAACCAUGAUAGAUUGUAUGAAGAAGUUGUACUUGUAGGAACCAGCUACAGAGUCAGUUUUAAGUGUCUAUUAAUUGAGAAAGUUCCUAAAAUAAUUUUCCUCAGUGCUCAAUACUGUCUAACACGAAUCUCCGACGUAGAGCUUGUUUGUCCAACCAUUUAACGUAUCAAAUAUCGUAAGGAGCUAUGAGAUGAAAACGGAAAUUUUAAAAAUAUUGUCUAUUUUUUUCUUAUUAUUCAAGAAAAGCCUGAUGGGGUAGUAAAAAAUAUGCUUACAUUUCACAUUAUUAGGGAUGCCUAACUUUCAUCCUGAUGGCCCAUUCUUUCCAUCAAGUUCCACAAAAACUACACUUCCUCCCACAAUAGUAUGUUAUGCUAAAGAAACACAAUUUAGCGAAAAGACACCAUUUUUUGAAUUAUUAAACCUCUCAGAUGAUAUAAAGGGUGGUCCAACCAAAAUGCACGAGGUAAAUUGUAAAUAAAACAAAGAGUUUUCAGAGAAUUAUCGUAAUAUAUUUUAUUAUGAUAUAAGGAUCUAUGACAAUUAUGUGUGAAACAAAAUAUCAGCCAAAUGUUCGCCCCGGCCUCGGUGGCAUACCUCUAUCCGAUGCUCCAUAUUUUGAAUGACUCUGAGACAUAAUUGAGGCUCAAUGUCGUUAAUAUGCCGAAUUAUCUCAUCCUUUAGCUCUUGAAUUGUUCUUGGCUUAUUGACGUACACGUUUUCUUUUAAAUAUCCCCAAAAAAAGAAGUCCAACGGUGUCAAAUCACAUGAUCGUGGCGGCCAAUUAACAUCGCCACGACGUGAGAUAACACGGCCAUUGAAUUUCUUGCGCAAAAGAGCCAUUGUUUCGUUGGAUGUGUGGCAAGUGGCACCAUCCUGUUGGAACCACAUAUCGUCCAGGUCCCUAUCCUCAAUUUCUGGCCACAAGAAGUCCGUUACCAUCUCACGAUAGCGAACACCAUUCACGGUAACUGCUUGGCCGACCUCAUUUUCGAAGAAGUACGGCCCGAUGACGCCGCCAGCCCAUAAACCGCACCUAACAGUCAUUCUUUCUGGAUACAUCGGCUUUUCAACAAUCACUCAUGGAUUCUCAUUUGCCCAAAUGCGGCAAUUCUGCUUGUUUACGAAUCCACUGAGGUGAAAGUGUGCCUCGUCGCUGAAGAUAAUUUUCUUUGAAAAAUCACCAUUGACUUCUGUCUGUUCAACCAACCAUUCGGCAUAUUGACGACGCUUGAAAUGGUCAGUAGGCUUCAGAUAUUGAGUUAAUUGAACCUUGUAAGCGUGUAAAUUCAAAUCUUUAUGCAAUAUUCGCAUCAGUGAUGUUCAUGGGAAUGUUCAAUUGUUGCGCACAACGACGAGUCGAGGUUGACGGCUCUUCUGCCACACUAUCGCGAACAACACCAAUGUUUUCCGCAGAACGAACUGGGCGAGCACGCACAGGUGUUUUCACAUUUCCCACAGAUCCGGUUUGCUGAAAUUUGGGCACAAUCCUCCCGAUUGUGGACACAUUUGGUCGAUUAUGGUGACCAAAAAAUCACGAAGUGCAAGAAAUGCAUUUUGAUUUGAACGUCCAUUUUCGUAAAAUGCUUCAACAAUCUUAACGCGCUGCUCAAUGGUAUACCUGUCCAUGGUUGAAUUUGUCGAACACUGAAACAAAAAAAUGUCAAAUCAAGUUGGGCAAAAUACUUGAUGUUAAGGUGUGACUAACAAUUAUCAUCGUGCAUUAUGGAUGGACCACCCGUUAGAACAUCAACUGUAUAAUUCUGUGUGUUUAAAAGAGGUAUAUCAUAUUGAUUUAUAAAUUUAUAGUUCUCACUUCAAGUAAUGAGUAACACUUUGAGUAAAGUACCGAGUUCCUGGUACUUAAAGAAUAUUAUUCUCUUACAAUUGAGAACUUUCAAAAUCUUUCAAAGAUACAGAAUACAUUCCACCAUUGGGUAUAAUCUGUUAUCGAAAGACUCGUAGGAGGAAUUUCAAAAAUUAAUUUUCAUUGUACUGUGGAUAUUGUAUCUUGUACAUUUUGCCCAACUGUUUUUUCCAAUUUUCCUAAGGAUUUUAUUAACACAGCCUACAUCACAACCACUUCUUCUUAUGGGCACCCUAGCAACUUAAUGUAUAAUUUUAGUAAUUUUGUUAUUAAAGAAAACACAGAAUAAAGUAAGCAUUUAUUGACAGAACCAGCACCAUUCCACAAAAGAUUCUCAGUGUGUGUGAUGAAAUGUAUUUUUUAUAUUUGUAAUUCAUUGCUUUAGACUGGACUAAAUUCAAUUAAAAAGUACCCCUUAAAACACCAGGAAGGAUACAAUUUCUAUAAAAAAUCUUUACUGGAUAGAAUUUUGUAAAUCUUACUAAGUACCAAAUGAGCUUUGGUACAACUAAUAUUGUACUCGGUAAUGUUGUACCACCUUUUAUGUAGGUUAUAUAAAAUUACGACUUCCAAUCAAAUACACAUACCCCUCAGCAUUCCUUCAUUCUACAUAAUAAUGCUAUUUGUCAUAUUUUAAUUACUUUUCAUAAAAUGCUAUUUAAAUACCAAAGAUGUUUAUAAAUUCAUUGUGUUACAUUUAAGUACGGAUAGUUAGGUUUUAUAUUGUAGUAAAACCAUUAAUGUGAUUAUAUUAUUAGCAUUUUAUUAAGUUUGUACAGACUCUAGAGUAGCAAAAUACAAACAGACCACCGAAUUAUUGCUGAAUAAAAUUACAUCAAACAUUCA